AUGCUACCUCACGCCGUCCUUUUUGCGCUUCUCACUGGGCUCGCUCUGCCGACUAUCGCCGUAAUCCAGGACUCAAUCCACAAAUUCCCGAAAACAGAAUACGACUUCGUGAUUGUUGGAGCUUACCUUGAACCUCCAGGUGGUCUUGGAGGCUGCGUUGUUGCGAAUAGGCUGACCGAAAACCCCAAGUUCAAUGUCCUGGUCAUCGAGGCGGGGGCAAGCCAUGAAGAUGUUUUGGAUUCCCAAGUCCCAAGCUUUUUCCUCAGACUACAGAACACCACCUACGAUUACAAUUACACUAGCACCGCUCAGCCUCACCUCAAUAACCGCGUAAUGCCUUUACUACAUGCGCGAAUACUGGGGGGAUCCACUUCACAUAAUGGAAUGCUUUACACCCGUGGCUCCUCCUCGGACUACGAUAGGUGGGCCUCUGUCACUGGCGACCCUGGCUGGUCAUGGAAGAAGAUCUUUCCCUACAUUCUCAAGACUGAGAAAUGGGUGAAGCCCAACCGUGACAUGGAUAUCGAAGGAAUGUAUAAUCCAAAGGUUCACAGCAGGUCUGGUAUGACUUCUGUGAGCCUUUCUAACUUCCCGGACGCCACCGAUGCGAAGGUCAAAGAAGCAGCGACUGAACUGGGAGGCGACUUCAGUUGGAACGUCGAUUUCAAUAGCGGUGACCCUCUAGGCACAGGGUGGGCCCAGUUCACGAUCGGAAAUGGAGAACGUAGUAGCGCGGCAACGUCCUACUUGGCACCCAGCUACCUCAAGCGCAAAAAUCUUCACGUCUUGGUCAACCAUCGCGUCACCAAGGUGGCCCCAACAGGCCAUGGCAGCCCGAAGCUCCUGUCCUUCCGUACAGUCUUCUUCCAGCAAGAGAUGAACACCUCUGGCCCCGUUCAGGAAAUUACAGCGAAGAAGGAAGUCAUACUUUCAGCAGGGGCGUUCGGGACGCCCAAGAUCCUCCUCCUUUCGGGAAUUGGCGACAGAGAUGAACUGGAACAAGUCGGAAUCGAACCCAAGGUUGACCUCCCUAGCGUUGGGAAAAAUAUGUCAGAACACCCUAUACUCACCGUCGGCUGGAGGUUGGGAAUAAAUGACACCUUCGAUCCCUCUGCCGACCCGAGUUUACCAGCACAGUGGCUCCAGGAAUGGCAGACCUCGCGAACUGGCCCAUUGACUUACGUUGGAAGCAAUGCAGCGGCCUGGACCAGACUUCCCGACGAUUCUCCAAUCUAUAGCCAGCACCCUGAUCCAUCCGCAGGGCGCAAUACACCUCAGUUGGAGGUAUACUUCUCAACUAGGGGCUUGUACCCUCUUCCUGGACGGUUUAUCUUCGCCAAUGCAGUUCUCGUUACACCCAGCCUUGAAUCUCGUGGAUCGCUGAGGCUCGCAUCGACCAAGGCCUAUGACCCUCCGCUUGUCGACCUCGGUAUGAUGAAAUCCGACUUCGACUGGUACAGCCUUCGAGAAAGUGUUCGAGUGAUAAAGAGAUUCUUCUCUGCCCCUGCUUGGGCAAGCUACCAACUGUCGGUGAUGCCACCAUUCGACACGGAUGACGACGAGGAGCUCGACGAGGCCAUCAGGGCAAAUGUGGUCUCCGCACAUCAAGUCUGCACUGCUGCCAUGUCUCCGAAGGGCGCACAAUGGGGUGUGGUGGAUCCCGACCUAAGAGUGAAAAAGGUGAACGGGCUCCGCAUUGUGGAUGCUUCUGUGAUGCCAUAUAUCAUUUCUGCUCACCCACAAGCCGCGGUUUACGCGAUUUCAGAGCGCGCGUCCGACCUAAUCAAGCAAGCGUGGUCGUAA